GUGUGUCAACUGGCUAUUAGCAAAUAGGCAUAGUCACUGCUGCGUUCUUUGCGAAGUUGCUGAAUCAACCUUCGAGAAGUUGUCACCGGUGGUUCCGUUUCGUUUUUAUUCUGCUAUAAAAAUUUUGGAGUUGUUACCGGUUUAGUCAGUUACUUAUCGUGCACCAUACCGUUAGCCUACGUGCCUUAAUAAGGCAAUCGUUUGCGUUGCAUAAUGGGUUUGCUGAAUUUUGAUGGUGAGCCGUUGUCAUGGGAAGAAACCAAAAAAUAUGCAAGUCAUGUUCGUGAGCAUGGAAUCACACAAUUUUUGAAUAUCUAUGAAAAAUUGAAGAAUAGACAUGGUGAUAUAUUAAAAUGGGGAGAUGAGGUUGAAUAUUCUCUGUUACAUUUUGAUCAUGAAAACAGAAAAGUACAACUUGUAUUGAGGGGGGAAAAAAUUUGUGAAAAAUUGAUGGAAAAAGAAGAAAAUGAUCCUGAUAGUUGUGACAGCUUAUGGAGAAAAGAAUAUGCUCGGUAUAUGAUUGAAGGAACACCAGGAAAACCAUAUGGUGGAUUGAUGGCACAUUUCAAUAUGGUUGAAGCAAAUAUGGCCCUACGGCGGAAAGAAGUGGAAGAACAUCUUCAUGAAAACGAAAGAAUUGCAAGUUUAACUGUGUUUCCAAGGUUGGGAUGUGACAGCUUCACUCUGCCUGAACAUAAAAUAGAAGGUCCAGAGAGUAAUCCAGUUUCCAGAUCUUUAUUCUAUCCUGAUGGUGCUAUUACGAGUCAUCCCAGAUUCUCACUUCUAACAAGAAAUAUUCGUGAAAGAAGAGGAAAAAAGGUUGCCAUCAACGUUCCAAUUUUCAAAGAUGUCAACACUCCGUCACCAUUUCAAGAAACAUUUCCAAAUCCUGAAGCAAAUGCCGCUUCCAAGCCUGAUCAUAUAUACAUGGAUUGCAUGGGAUUUGGAAUGGGAAACUCUUGUUUACAGCUUACAUUUCAAGCUUGCAAUAUAGAUGAAGCAAGGAAGUUGUAUGAUGAACUAGCAACCGUUUGCCCACUAAUGUUAGCAUUGAGUGCUGCUUCUCCAAUAUUCCGAGGCUAUCUUGCUGAUAUUGAUGUUCGGUGGAACGUUAUUUCCGCAAGUGUUGAUUGUAGAACUGAUGAGGAAAGAGGUUUAAAACCUCUAAAAAAUGACAGGUUUGUGAUCAGGAAAUCUCGAUACGACUCCAUUGAUAGUUAUUUAUCGCGUGGUACGAAUCUAUGUAAUGAUUUAAAUUUGGAAGUAGAUGAAGGCGUGAAAAAAAGAUUAGAAGACGCAGGUAUUGAUGAAACACUUGCACAACAUAUCGCACAUUUAUGGAUUCGUGACCCUAUGACAUUGUUUUCAAAGAAAAUAAAUCUUGAUGAUGCAAACGAGUCCGAUCAUUUUGAGAAUCUACAGUCAACGAAUUGGCAGUCAAUGAGGUUCAAACCACCGCCACCAAAAUCUUCCAUCGGAUGGAGGGUUGAAUUUCGUGUUUGCGAAGCACAGCUUACAGAUUUUGAGAAUGCUGCUUUUGUUGUUUUUAUCGUUCUUCUCACCAGGGUCAUUCUCACUUACAAACUAGAAUUUCUCAUGCCUAUUUCUAUGGUUGAUGAAAAUAUGCAAGAAGCUCACAAAAAUGAUGCUGCAAGAAAAAGCGAGUUUUGGUUUCGCAGAAACGUACAAACGAACGAUUCUCCACAAUGUUGUUCAUGUUUGUUUAAUAAUAGUUGCAAUUUAUCGGACAUUAAAGACGAAAUGUACCAAAAAAUGUCGUUGGAUACGAUUGUAAAUGGAAAGCCUGACGUGUUUCCUGGUUUUAUACCUUUGAUCAAAACGUAUUUAAACAAUGUUGAAGUUGAUAUUGCUACUAGAUGUAGUAUUACAGAAUAUUUGAAUCUCAUAAGCAAAAGAGCUUCAGGUGAAUAUCUAACUACUGCUCAAUGGAUGAGAGAUUUUGUUCUUUCGCAUAAUGAAUAUAAAAAAGAUUCGGUUGUGACUGAUGGUAUUACCUAUGAUCUUCUGUGGAAGUGUGACCAGAUUGCAAAAGGCGAGGUCGAAGACACAAAACUUUUUUGCAAGCCGAAAAACAAGAGCAGCUACUCUAUGCCCCCUGGAACUCGACGUCACAACACUCCAAAAUCUCAUAUGGUCAACGGCAAUUCCAAUGGAGUUUAAAAUUUUUGAUAAUUAAUCACAAUCUGAAGGACUACUAGCAAUUUUAACCUUUUUUGCACUAUUUUUUCUGAUUUUGGUUUAUAUUCAGUUUCAUUCAUAUUCCUGCUGUCAUGUGAGUCAAUAAUAUUAAGUAUGUCAACACUGGUAUAAUAUUAUAAAUAUAAUUGGGACCAAAAAGUAUCUGGGGAUGAACUGAAUUUGAAGUAUUUAAAAUAGAAUCAAUAAUGCAAUUGUGUGUUUCGAAAAAAAUUUUCUUCUCCGUAACAUAUUUUCAUAUCUUGUAUGUAUGGCUUAUGGACAAAAACGUGGAUACCAUGUUCUCUUUAUGAGGCAUAAUAUUGAUCACACUAUUUUAUAAAAUAUUGGUACAUGUUGUAUACUUCAUAAUGUAUUUAAUAGUUUGCUUAUUAAUAAUUCGAAUUUUAGAAUAUCCUAGUUGUCGUUCACAUAAUUGCACGCUCACAUUUUGGCAAACCUCCUAAUGUUGUAUUUAGACUUAGUGAUGCCAGAAUGCCAUCUUAUCCUUUUGAAACGAAGGGGAAUCCCAUUUAACCUCUGUGCCCAGGAUAUCAUUCAUCAAUUCCUGCCUGGCCCCUUUGGUAAAGAAUGGCUUCAAUAUGCUGUUACAAUCCAAUUCAGAUAUUUUAAUUGUUUCGUUACCUGAACAAUGAAGAUAUGCCAAUACAUAAAAGGAUAAAAUUAUCAUCAAGUUGUUCAAUUCCCCUUUAAAAAUUUCUGUCUUAUUGCUGAAUGUUGUAAAUUUCUAUUAUUCAAAUUAACCUAAAGAUUUUUUUAAUUGUUGUCGAGGUUUAUGGAAAUUGUGUAAUUUUAUUAAGUAAUUUUCAAAUACAUUUAUCUGAGUUUCCUUUACUUUGAGAACAAUGUUGCAAAUUUUUUUCCAUAUAAAACAUUGCGGGUUAUUUAGAUAUUUUUUGAAACUGUGGUAGUCUAUCCAAUAUAAGGAAGAUACUUGGAAUUAUUGAUGUGAUACAACAGCAUUCAAAUUUGUUUCUUUAACACCGCUUUAUUUUUUUGAGAGGUAUCAAAUUUCUGUGUUAAAGGUUUUGUUUAGUAUGUAUACAAAAAUACACCAUUUAAAAAUCUAUUCGGUUUCGCUUAUGUGGAUUAUACCUGCUUCUUGCAAAGUUGGAGAAGUUCAGCUUGAAUAAGAUUUCAGCUGUUCAUGGGCUAACUCCCUGUUUGCUUCAGUGAUAUAAUAAUGUAAUUCUUCUUUUAAUUCCAUAGCAAAGGUGUUCAGUCAGUGGAAAGAUUUUUGGUCUUAACUUGUAUUCUUGGUUAUUUUCUGACCUUUUUCUCACAGUUUUGCCAUUUUUUGUUCAUGAAAAAUAUUUGUCCAAUUAUAUAAUAUAUCUUGCUUGUUAUUCAUAAUUACUCGUAUACCUCAGACUAUGUCCCAUGUACAGUGACAAUUGAGCCAAAGGUAUUUAUACCCAGAAAUUCUAGUAAGAUAAGAAUAUAGAUUUAUAUUUAAAUAUGCAUCAUUUUUAAAUACAAUCAGAAAAUCGUUUUCUUAUACAAUUGUAUAUGAAUAGUGAAAACAUUCUCAUAUGAAUUAUGGAUCAAAUUUAUUUUGUGAAAAAAAUUUCCAAUUUUAUAAAUUAGCACAAAUAGGAUAAUUUGAUUUAUUACAUAAAAAAUUGCGUUUUUUUUGACUCUGAAACAAUGGAAAAAAGUUUGUGACUAUUGCCGUUACUGUACAAAUGCAUUCUACUGGAUAAACCUAAUUAUUUUAGCAGUAAUAGAAAUAAUACAGAGUGUUAAAAAGUUACGUCGAAUUAGGGUAAAAUUUUUCGUCAUGGCAACGUUGAAAAGGUAACUGUUAAAAACAGCAGUUGUUAAAUGUUAAAAUGCCAUUUCAUCGUAAUUUAAUACUGUUAAAAGGUGUCGGUCGAUAAAUGUUUUAAGUAGCAUUUCUUUUUAACUUCUGUUAAUUUUGCGUUACUUUUUAACAACCUGUAUUAUAGUAGUAUACGAUGACUGUUUUUCUACAAAUCUCCAAGCUUUCUUAAUUGAUUUUCUUCGAUAUCCGUCCUGCAAAUUACUUUCAACCAGCCGCAUUUGUAGCUUCAACUUUUCAUGGUUGGUUUGUUGACUGUCAAAACAUUUAAAGAAAAAAUUCUGUCAAUCAUCCUGUUUUGAACAGAUUAUAAAGUAAUGGAGAAUUAUGCAUUCACUGAAAAUUGUCUUCACAAUUCACCCAUAGUCCUCAUUUUCUUUUGUGUGCAUGUUCAUCAACAUUCCAUAUAUUUUUUAAAUUAUUAUUCGAAAAUUAGUUUGCUGUGCAUAAUUGUGGCAAUCCGGUUAUUGGAUUCGGGUGAAAUAUAAUUUUUUGUGUCUACAUUUUGUCUUUGUUUAUGGAAGUAAAUGUUUUUAAAUGGAAUAUUUCAUUUGCCGAAAAUCGGGGCAUAAAUAGACUUAGCCCAACCUCGAUCGUAAAGUGGAUAAAUUUUGUGACACAGGAUUUCAGUUGGCACAUUUGUUCUAUGUUUUCAUAAACUAUUAAAUACAAAAGUCAAUUACUUCAAAUUUCAAGCAUUGACGAUACUAUGUUAUAUAUUUUAAAUUUGCCACUUGUUUUUCAACCUGUUUUUAUAUCUUGCAUGUGCUAGAAAUGUAGAAUUAUUUCAAAUGCAUGAGAUUAGCAAAUAGUAAUCACAAAAUUAAAAUUAACUGUUUUAUUAUACCUUAUUUUAUUAUAUAUGGUGGUCUUUCAUUUCUUUACCUCAAAAAUAAAUGGAUAGGAAUCGUUGGUCUCCGUGCAA